AUGUCCAGAAAGAGCACAGACUAUGGAGUGCUGCCGGAGUAUGAGAAGAGCCAGAUUAAAAGGACUCUAGAGCUGGGAACAGUUAUGACAGUGUUCAGUCUCAAGAAGUUUACUCCAGAAAGGAGGACCAUCCAAGUCAUAAUGGAAACCAGGCAGGUGGCCUGGAGCAAGACAGCUGACAAGAUUGAAGGUUUCUUGGAUCUGAUGGAAAUAAAGGAAAUUCGCCCUGGGAAAAAUGCAAAGGAUUUUGAGCGCGGGAAAGCAACACAGUAUAAAGAGCAUUGCUUCACUAUUUUUUAUGGUACCCAGUUUGUUCUCAACACCUUAAGCUUAGCAGCUGAUUCCAAAGAUGAUGCUGAUAAAUGGCUGUGUGGCUUGAAUAUCUUGCAUCAAGAGGUUAUGAACGCGUCCACACCUGCAAUCACAGAGAGUUGGCUGAGAAAGCAGAUCUACUCUGUUGACCAGACUAGAAGGAACAGUAUCAGCCUUAGAGAACUGAAGACCAUACUUCCCUUAGUAAACUUCAAAGUAGGCAGCGUGAAAUUCUUGAAGGAUAAAUUUGCGGAAAUAGGAGCUCCCAAAGAAGAACUUAGCUUCGAACAAUUUCACGUGUUCUACAAGAAAAUUAUGUUUGAACAGCAGAAAUCGAUUCUUGAUGAAUUCAAAAAGGAUUCUUCCGUGUUCAUUCUUGGAAAUACUGACCGUCCAGAUGCUUCAGCAGUUCAUUUGCAUGACUUCCAGAGAUUUUUGCUACACGAGCAGCAGGAGUCUUGGGCACAGGAUCUCAGUAAAGUCCGAGAACGAAUGACAAAGUUUAUAGAUGACACUAUGAGAGAAACUACUGAGCCCUUCCUCUUUGUGGAUGAGUUCCUCACUUACCUUUUCUCAAAAGAAAACAGUAUUUGGGAUGAUAAAUAUGAUGCAGUAGAUGCUCAGGAUAUGAAUAACCCUUUGUCCCACUACUGGAUUUCUUCCUCUCACAACACAUACCUCACAGGAGACCAGCUUCGAAGUGAAUCUUCCACAGAAGCUUAUAUCAGGUGCCUUCGAAUGGGAUGUCGAUGUAUUGAGCUGGAUUGCUGGGAUGGUCCUGACGGGAAGCCGAUCAUUUAUCACGGAUGGACACGGACAACAAAAAUCAAAUUCGAUGAUGUGGUGCAGGCAAUCAAGGAUCAUGCAUUUGUCACAUCCGAGUUCCCAGUGAUCCUGUCGAUUGAAGAGCACUGCAGUGUGGAACAGCAGCGCCACAUGGCCAAAGUAUUCAAGGAGGUGUUUGGGAACCAACUCCUAAUGAAGCCAAUCGAAGUCAGUGCAGAUCAGCUGCCGUCGCCAACCCAGCUGAAAGAAAAAUUCAUCAUCAAGCAUAAAAAACUUGGACCAAAGGGAGACAUAGAUAUGAACCCAGAAGACAAGAAAGAGGAGAAAAAGCAACAAGGAGAACUCUACAUGUGGGAUACGAUAGAACAGGCAUGGACUCGGCACUAUUGUGCUAUAGCAGAUGAAAAGCUCUCAUUCAGUGAUGCUAUAGAACAGAACGCUGAUGACGAUUCAUUAAAGGACGUGAAACGUACUGAGCUGCACUGCAACGAGAAAUGGUUCCAUGGGAAAAUGAAAGCAGGGAGAACAACUGCUGAGAGGCUGCUCCAGGAAUAUUGUGCUGAAAUGGGUGGCAAGGAUGGAACGUUCCUAGUUAGGGAAAGUGAAACUUUCCCUAAUGAUUACACCCUGUCAUUCUGGAGGUCAGGUAGGGUCCAGCAUUGCCGUAUCCGUUCUAAUAGUGAAGGAGAUACCAUGAAAUAUUACCUGACCGACAACCUCACCUUUGAUAGUAUCUAUGAUCUCGUUCAACACUACAAGGAAGCCCACUUGCGAUGUGCUGAGUUUGAGCUGCGUCUGACUGAUGCUGUGCCUAACCCCAAACCUCAUGAAACUAAAGAUUGGUACUACCGUAACCUGAGUCGAGGAGAAGCAGAAGACAUGUUGAUGCGAAUUCCUCGAGAUGGAGCGUUUCUGAUUAGAAAGAGAGAUGAGCCCGAUUCAUUUGCCAUGACAUUCAGAGCUGAGGGGAAAGUGAAGCACUUCAGAAUUCGACAAGAAGGCCACCACUUUGUGCUGGGCACCUCUGCCUAUUUUGAAAGCUUAGUCGAACUGGUGACCUACUAUGAAAAGCACACGCUGUAUAGGAAAAUGAAACUGCGUUACCCUGUGACUGAGGAACUGCUAGAGCGCUACAGCACGGAGAAAGAUAUUAAUUCGCUCUAUGAUGUCAAGAUGUAUGUGGAGCCUAACGAAAUAACCCCAUCAGUGCCUCAGAGAACAGUGAAAGCCAUAUAUGACUAUAAAGCUAAAAGAAGUGAUGAACUGAGCUUCUGCAGAGGGGCCCUAAUUCAUAACGUCACAAAGGAAACAGAAGGCUGGUGGAAAGGAGACUAUGGAGAAAAAGUCCAACACUAUUUUCCAUCUAAUUAUGUUGAAGACAUGUCAACUGAUAACUUUGCAGACCUUGAAAGCCAGAUUAUUGAGGACAACCCCUUAGGAACUCUGUGUCGUGGCAUAUUGGUCCUCAGUACAUACAAUGUCGUGAAAAUGCCACAAGGGAAGCAUGACAAGGCUUUUGUCUUCGUACUGGAACCCAAGAAUCCAGAAGAUCCUCCUGUUGAAUUUGCAACUGAUACAGUGGAAGAGCUGUUUGAAUGGUACCAAGACAUCAGGAAAAUCACAUUGAAAUCUACAGAAGAGGAGCAUAUGAGGAAGUACUGGGAAAAGAAUCAAUUAAUUGCCAUUGAAUUAUCCGACUUGGUAAUCUACUGCAAACCUACAAGCAAAUCCAAGGACAAUUUAGAAAAUCCUGAUUUCAGAGAAGUCCGUUCUUUUGUGGAAAACAAGGCUGAAAGUGUUGUCAGGCAGAAGCCUGGUGAACUGCUGAAAUACAACCAAAAGGGACUGACGCGGGUUUACCCUAAAGGACAGAGGGUUGACUCAUCUAAUUAUGACCCAUUUCGUCUCUGGUUUUGUGGCGCCCAGAUGGUGUCUCUUAAUUUCCAGACCCCAGAUAAAUACGUGCAAAUAAACCAUGCCUUGUUUUCACUUAAUGGACGGACUGGAUAUAUUCUGCAGCCAGAAAGCAUGCGAAAUGAGGACUAUGACCCAAUGCCAAGUGAAUCAAAGAGGAAAUUGCAGAUGCUUUUGACAGUGAGGGUUUUAGGUGCUCGCCAUCUGCCUAAACCUGGCAGAAGCAUUGCCUGUCCAUUUGUAGAAGUGGAAAUUUGUGGGGCCGAAUGUGAUAAUAGCAAGGUCAAGACAACUGUUGUGAAUGACAAUGGCCUUAACCCAGUUUGGGCACCCUGUCCAGAGCAAGUGAAGUUUGAAAUUUAUGAUCCUAACCUAGCGUUUCUGCGCUUCGUUGUUUAUGAGGAGGAUAUGUUCAGUGACCCCAACUUCUUAGCACAUGCCACUUUCCCCAUCAAAGGAAUCAAAUCAGGUUUUAGGUCGGUACCUCUCAAAAAUGGUUACAGUGAAGAUAUAGAGCUGGCUUCCCUUCUGGUUUUCUGUGAAAUGCAGCAAGUUCUGGAAAGCGAAGAGGAGCUUUAUUCAUCGCGUCGGCAGCUUCAGCAGCGCCAAGCAGAACUGAACAACCAGCUGUUCCUGUAUGACACUCACCAGAACUUAAGGAACCCUAACAGAGAUGCCUUACUAAAAGAAUUCAGUGUGAAUGAGAACCAAUUACAAAUGUACCAAGAGACAUGCAGCAGGAGAUUAAAGGAGAAGAAAGUCAGUAACAGCAAAUUCUACUCCUAG